CUGGCCCCUCUGUACCUCCCCUAAUUCUGAGGUACCCUUUUCGAGAUGCGGAGACUAGACCUGCACGCAGCACGUGAGAUGCUGAUGCAGCUGGCUGAGGGCAGGACUCUGCCGGACGCCGUAAAGGAUAACUUCUGAGACCCUAAGGAAGGCAGAGCAAUGCAGCACCCAAAGAAGAGUGCCUGCACAACCGCCACGCUUGGCCUCCUGCUACUGUUCUUCCUCCCCUCCCAACACUGUGUUGAGAAUCAGGUUAUGAGCUGUUGCUUUGCAUAUUUGAAAGCACCUAUUCGAAUUCAUCACCUGCGGCGUUUCUAUGAGACUCCCGGGUAUUGUGCCUUACCAGCAGUUGUGUUUGUGACUGCUCGUGGCGCUGAGGUUUGUGCUGACCCAAAGAGGGCCUGGGUGAAUAAAGCAAUGGAAAAACUUAGCAGAGAGAACUGAAACCUUUGGUCUGUCAUCCACAGUUAGGCCCACACAUCUGGUGUGCUCAGAUUGCAGUUAAAAUUGGUUCUUAUUCUUACGUUCCGAGGGCAGAAAACCCAACUAGGGGUCUGGAAGUGAGGCGAGGCUUGUAACCCUGACAGUAACACAGACAGUAACACAGACAAUCUUUCUGUUUCCUUCACUCUCUUAAUUGCGAUUUAGCAAAUUAUCCUGGUACCUAAUUGAGCACAGAAUCCAGCUUGCUUAAGGCAAUCUAGAUGAGGCUUGUACAUAAUCAUGGAGCAGUACACUUCCUGUCUCUGUCUGCCUUCUGUGUCAGAGACGCUGGAAGAUGACUGCAGGUGCUAUGCUGCUGGGGAGAUGAGGGAUGUCUUUCUAAAGAACCGGAAAUUUUCAGCCACCCAAAAAGGAUGUCCUGAUCUUCCUAGCGCAAGCAAAUCUUCUCCGCUGGAGCCAGUGCUUA